UGGUGUUUUGACCUGUUGAGGCCGCCGUAGCUUACCACGACAGAAGGAGCUGGCGGGAUACAGCGCAGCGGUGCAUGUGGAGCAGACUGCGUUACUUGGGAUUAUAAAAACUACUCUAGUGUUUCAAUGGAGUGUAAUGCUAAAUACAUCUCACAGAAAAUCAGCGCAACGCGAUGGCGGCCUGUUUCUGCGGCUUCACUGCAGCAGCCCGAGCUGUUCGCUACAGGAUCAUGGGAUAACGAGAAUAACAGGGUGUCGAUCUGGUCUCUGGGGGAUCAUGAAGUGACACCCAUGGAUGGAGAGUAUGAGGAAGACCCUCAGUUACUGUGCGAAUGUCAGCAUGAUGGAGAUGUGAUGGAUCUGCAGUUUUUAGAUCAAGACAGACUUGUUUCUGCAUCCUCAAGUGGGUCUGUGACCAUCUUUAAACUUCGGUCUGACUGUCAGGGACUGUCAGUGGCUCAUGUGUGGAAAAGAGCUCAUCGAUACUCAUGUGAUAAUGCACCUUGCACUGCAGUAGUGUGUCGAAGUCCUGAAAUAGUGUCAGUGGGGGAAGACGGUCGAAUUAUUCUGUACAAAGCAGAUCAGACAGAAGUUCUCCGGGUUAUUGAAAAUGCAGAUAGCAGUACGAUUCAUGGCGUGACAUUUCUGAGGACGACAGAAGUACUUACUGUGAAUUCAAUCGGCCAGCUGAAGAUGUGGGACUUCAGACAGCACAAUGACAAUCCUGCACAGAUUCUCUCUAUGACUGGAGACAGAGUUCCUCUGAACUGUGUGGAUAAACAUCCGAAUCAGCAGCACAUAGUGGCCACAGGAGGACAGAAUGGGAUGUUGUGUAUCUGGGAUGUGAGACAGGGCGGCAUCCCCUUCUCUAUCACAGAAGCCCAUUCAGCAGAAAUGUGGGAAGUUCAUUUUCAUCCAACGAACCCCAAUCACUUAUUCACCUGUUCAGAGGACGGAUCCCUGCUGCACUGGGAGACAACAUCAGCAUCGGACAUGAGCUCACUUUUGCAGAAGGGUUGGAACAGCCGGGUCACGUCACACAGUGCCAUGCAGCACAACGAGUCUGUGGUCAGCGCUUGGCUUACAGGAGACACCAGCAAAUGUAAACUGGAAGCGACUCACAUUCUGCCCAGUCAGACCAUGGCUGUCAACAGUCUGGAUGUACUGGAGCAGUGUUUGGUGUGCGGCACUGAUGGAGAGGCUAUCUACAUGCAUAGACAAAUUCCUGUCUGAUGAUAAAAAAUACUUUUUAUAUACUCAAUUCUUCUUUUCUAUUGAUUGAAUCUAAAUGAUCGAGUCAUUAAAAAAAGCAAUGUUUACAAACUGUGUGUUGUAUAAGAGUGUCUUGAAGUGUUCAUUUUAGUUUCAACGACUUGGAUUAUGAUGAAAGUUUAGUUCUUUUAGAGUUAAAUGUUGUGACACAAAACUAGUCAUAAGGGUUUUUGAAAUUGAGAUUUAUACAUCAACUUAAAACUUAAAUAUAAUAAGCUUUCAUUGAUGUAUGCUUUGUUAGGAUAAGA